UCCCUUUCUGAGAAUCCACGGCCACAUUUCUCGUUAUAUAUAUAUCGGUGAUUGCUAUUAGCAGCUUCAGCAUCUGCCAUUUUAUAGUUUGUCUUCAAGGUAGGACACUUCAACCGCAACUCUUCAAUUAGCAAAUACGUUACAGUAAAUUCCGACUUCUUAUUCAAAAUCUCAAUAAGAUGAUCUCGCGAGUUUUUAUUAUUAUUGUUAUGAUUUCAGUUCGCAGUUGUUGUCAAAAUGGAUGUUCUUCAGGAUCUGGGAUCUCUUUAUUCUUUUCUUCAACGCGUCACUGGCGAGUCCGGACAGGUAAAUUUUUGCUUGUACAUUAAACUCUCUCAUAGCUAGAAGCCGCGAUCACUUUGUCAUGUACAAAGGGUUGUCGCUUACGAGAGAGUUGACCGUAUUCAGUACAUCUGCCUUGAUCUAGUACCCAUUCUCUGGGUACGCGAUCGCCGCGAUAUAUAAUAAAAGUGACCUGCUAGCAGAGGUUUCUUUCUAGCAUGGCUUAGUUAUAGCAUUUACGAAGUCCUUCGCUUGGUGUGUUAUAUAGUCGCGUAGUAAAGAAAUGGGAAUGAAUGGCUUCGCAGUUUCCAGCUGAGUUUCCUUGGAAGCUAUGUUACAUUAUUGAUCAGGAAAAAGAAGCACUAAAGUUUGGUUUCAUCAAAUGAUUGAUUAAAUAAAUUUUCCACGGUAAAAAAGAUUGAAAGAUGACCAGUUUUCGAGCGUUAACCCAUAAUACAAAGAAAAAAGUUCAUCCCAUUUUUAAGUUAUUUGCUUUCAAACUUAGCUCAAGACGUUUGAAAUUACUGAUAUGUCAACUUACGGCAUGCAUAAGUAGAAAAUCGAACUAAUAAGAUGGUUCUAGAUCUGAAAUCCAGUUGAAUAGUGUACUACUCCUCUGAACUUUGAUUUGAAUUAGUUUAAGAUUAUUUUGAUUUUUAUUUUCAAGGGAAGUAACUACAGGAGUAUGGACCUGAAAGGAAAAAUCUUUGGUUUCCACUUCCGGCUUUUUCCAAUUUCACUUUCUUGCUGUGACACGUCACGGGAGAAUUACCUCUUUCGUUUUCACACAUAGCGGAAGCAGGUUGAUCUUUUCGCUUGUUAGGUUUUUCAUAAUAUAGUUAAGAAGGCGCGCAAAUUGAUUAUAAGGUCUUAUAAAAGAUAUUCAAUACGCCACGUAGUCACUGGUAGAUGAUGUUGUAUGUUUCAGUCACAUCUUUAAUUUUGUAAAAGCAACCACCCUCCCAAGUCACUAUAUGGCAAUUUUGGUACAACUCGCGUUAUUUGCGUUCUUGCUAGCCCGUGUCGCAGACACUCUACACCGUCUGUGAAUCCAAAACUCCCGCCUACCGCAUUUUGCUUUCCGGGGCCUCGCCCCUCAGUUUCUUGGCUUUCCCCCUUUAGCCAUUUUUCGAUUGCAAAAUGUCUAUUCCCUUCAUCCUUUUUGAACUCCAAUGUUCUGGCCUUUCCUCUCUCGCUGUUCCCGUACCCCGGAAUCCAGCCUCGGCCUUCGGCCUUGGUGGAUAACAGCCUCCUAUAUCUUCAUAAUUCUUCAUAUCAUUCGGACACCACAGUGAGUAUUGUUUUCACUUUUCUACCAUGUUUGUUCAGCUAAAUUUUCAGGGUCGUGUUAUCAACUACAAGGCAGAGGGUCGCAUACACAAGCUUAAGUGGGUGUACGAUGGAACAGCAUGGGAUGUGGAAAGUGGAACCAGUGUGAAAGCUAAACAUUAUCAGAGUUCACAAGGAGCCAUUGAGCAUGCUGUCAAGGAGUUGAUUGAAGAACUCAAGGCAAAGAAAAUACUAGCUUAGAGGAGAAGAGAUAACAAUUCUUAUGUGGUUUUUAAUGAAAUAAUUAAUCCUUUACAAAAACAGACGAGAAUGAGAUGGGUGGAUUUUUUCUCACUCAGGUGUGUUUUGAAGGGUGAGAUGUGUAGCUAGGUAACUUCAAUUGUUUGAGUCGACUUUAGUUAUAAAAUCAUGUUGUCGGCGUAAGGGCCGUGCAAAAAUAAAAAUGUAAAGAGGAAAGUUAUUUUUGUCGUCUCAUCUUCAGUAUUUUCAAAAAUAAAGCAG